AUCGACUGGAGCUUUCACCCCGCUCAUCUGCUCAUCAUCAACCAGCGUGUGUGUGUGUGUGUGUGUUAGUUCUCAAACAUGGCGGCCUUCGGUGCUUUAUGCAGAGCGGAACAUUUAUUCCUCAGAAGUCUUCCACGUUCACGUAGAAGCAAAUCAAACUUCGCUCUCCUUCAGUUGACCAAGACUUGUGGUUGCAACUUUUCUACCUCCAACCAGAGAAGUUCACAGUUCUACUCCGAUCCCACAGAGGCGGUAAAAGACAUACCUAAUGGAUCUACCAUCCUGGUGGGAGGCUUUGGAUUAUGUGGUAUCCCAGAGAAUCUUAUCAACAGUUUACUGAAGAUUGGUGUGAAGGGUCUCACUGCAGUCAGCAACAAUGCAGGAGUGGAUAACUUUGGCCUGGGCCUGCUGCUCCAGACCAAGCAGAUAAAGAGGAUGAUCUCCUCCUAUGUUGGAGAGAAUGCAGAGUUCGAGCGACAGUACCUGGCAGGGGAGUUGGAAGUGGAGCUGACGCCACAGGGCACUCUUGCAGAGAGGAUCAGGGCUGGGGGUGCAGGAAUUCCAGCCUUCUUCACCGCUACUGGCUAUGGCACACUUAUUCAAGAGGGCGGGUCUCCCAUCAAGUACAACAAAGAUGGCAAGAUUGCAAUCGCCAGUGAGAAGAGAGAGGUGCGGGAAUUCAAUGGCAGACACUACAUUAUGGAAAAGGCCAUCACGAGUGACUUUGCACUGAUCAAGGCAUGGAAGGCCGACAAGGCUGGAAACAUAGUGUUCAGAAAAACAGCCAGGAACUUCAAUCAGCCCAUGUGCAAGGCGGCCAAAAUCACCAUAGUAGAGGUGGAGGAGGUGGUGGAUGUUGGGACCUUUGCAGCCGAGGACAUCCACAUACCCAGCAUCUACGUCCACAGGGUCGUCCAGGGAGGCAGCUACGAAAAGAGGAUUGAGAAACGCACGGUGAAAAAAAGUCAAGAACAGAAGCCCAAACCAAAGAAGGACUCUGAUAUCAUUCGGGAGAGGAUCAUUCGCCGAGCGGCUUUGGAGUUCGAGGAUGGGAUGUAUGCUAAUCUUGGUAUUGGUAUCCCCAUGUUGGCCAGCAACUUCAUAAAACCUGACAUCACUGUGCACCUUCAAAGUGAAAAUGGGAUUUUGGGACUGGGGCCGUACCCCGCUGAAGAUGAGGUGGAUGCAGACCUGAUUAACGCCGGAAAGGAAACUGUCACGGUGCUCCCGGGGGCUGCCUAUUUCUCCAGUGAUGAAUCUUUUGCCAUGAUCCGAGGUGGUCACAUCAACCUGACGAUGCUGGGAGCCAUGCAGGUGUCAAAACAUGGAGACCUAGCCAACUGGAUGAUCCCUGGCAAGAUGGUGAAGGGAAUGGGAGGAGCCAUGGAUUUGGUGGCUAGUGCUGGAACAAAGGUGGUGGUCACCAUGGAGCACUCAGCUAAGGGAGGGAAAAACAAGAUAUUGGACAAAUGCAGCCUGCCUUUAACAGGGAAACAGUGUGUGGAUCGCAUCAUCACAGAAAAGGCUGUGUUUGACGUGGACACGACAAAAGGCCUGACUCUAAUAGAAGUGUGGGAGGGCCUCACUCCUGAGGAUAUCAAGGCGUGCACCGGCACAGAUUUUGAGGUGUCCCCCAAUCUGAGAACCAUGCAGCAAAUAUAGAGGAGCCUGCGAAGGAUCUGUGAUGUGUUUUGGUUUGUGUCAGUUCAUUUCUCAGACGGAAACCUUUGACAAUAAAGUAGCCUGUAAAGGACAAAUAAGCUCAUGAAUCACAAAUACUUCCGUUUAUAUCCCUGAGUGGAUUGUUUAUUGAAGAUGGUCUGAUCUAAGGAAUGAUUAAGUAAAUAGACAUUGCUGUUUAUUAACGAUGCCAAGGUUAAUGCAAUGCGUCAAUCAUUUCAUCACAUUUACUAACUGAAACCAAAGUCAAAACCAACCUGUGCUGUCGGUCUGGUCUUUUCACAUUCAUCAUAACGGCCUCUGUGUGUGACGUUAUUUAAACUCGCAUUGCACUAAGCAACAACUGUUUCCUGAGUAAUCCUCUGAAUGUAAGAUUAGGCGUGUAUGUAUGUAUGACUACAUUGUGGCAAAGUGAUGAACAACAUCGAACUGUCUCGUAUGUCGGUGGUUAACUUGGUAGGCACACGUCAUCCAUUUCAGCCAGAAAAUGUGAAGCCUUAAGUUUUUUACCGAGACAUAUGCCGUCUCCCUGCCUUUGUGUAAAAUAUAAAUACUAUGUUGUGUGCUGAGACCAACCAGA